AUGGCUCCAUCUGCUUCUUCAUCGUUAUCACAGCUUCAAAUUAAUGAAAUCCAAACCCUAAUCCCAGGUCUUCCAAACGACAUCGCAUCACAAAUUCUCUCAACGAUCCCGUACUCGUACCAUUCCCGCCUCAAACCGACUUGCAAAUCAUGGCACGCCUUUCUCUCCUCAACCAAAACCCUAUUUUCACUACGCUAUCAUCUCCGCCGCUCUAAUCACCUCUUAGUAAUCUUCCCGCAGGAUCCAUUCAUCUCUUCGCCUUACCUAUUCGACCCGCAAAACCUCGCUUGGCGUCCACUUCCACCCAUGCCUUGUAACCCUCACGUCUAUGGACUCUGUAAUUUCACUUCCAUUUCGAUGGGCCCUAAUCUCUAUGUUCUUGGUGGGUCCCUCUUCGACACCCGUUCGUACCCCAUGGACCGUCCUUCGCCAACAUCGUCCGUUUUUCGGUUUAAUUUUGCUGAUUUCUCGUGGGAGAAACUCUGUCCAAUGUUGUCACCGCGCGGUUCUUUUGCCUGUGUGGCGGUUCCUGAUUUUGGGCAAAUAAUUGUGGCUGGAGGAGGGUCGAGGCAUACGUGGUUUGGUGCGGCGGGGAGUAGGAUAAGCUCGGUGGAGAGGUAUGAUGUUGGGAAAGAUGAGUGGGUGGCAUUAGAUGGGUUGCCGAGAUACAGGGCAGGGUGUGCGGGGUUUUUGAGUGGGAAUGGGGAGGAAAAGGAGUUUCGGGUGAUGGGAGGUUAUGGAGAUUCGAGGACGAUUUCAGGGAUUGUUCCUGUGGAUGAGUAUUAUAAGGAUGCUGUUGUGAUGGAUGUGAAGAAGAAUGGAUGUGGGAAGUGGAGGGAAGUUGGGGAUAUGUGGGGUGUUGCGGGUAGAGGGAGGCUCGGGAAGAUUGUUGCUGUUGAGGAGGAGGCUGAGAGCUUGGGAGAGGAUCAGGGUCGCCCUGCUGUUUUUAUGCUUGAUGAGAAUGUGAUUUUCAGAUAUGAAAUGGCUUCAAACUCUUGGCAGAAAGAGUCCAGUGUACCUCGAAAAGCUCCUUUCAACUCCUCGUUUGGUUUUGUUGUGUUGGACGGGGAGCUACAUGUAAUGACUCUUCUGCAAGGAGGUGAUUUAGUGGAAAAUCGAAGGUCACGGCAGCAAAAGAGGGGAGGAACACUUUACGUCCAAAUCUACCAUCCUAAGAAGAAGACAUGGAGAUCACUUGUUACAAAACCACCAUUCUAUCACCCUUUGGAUUUCAAAACUGCAGUUAUGUGCACCAUUCAGCUUUAG